UAGGAGUAGCAAAGGAAAUAUAUUGCAAGAGAGUCCCUGCCUUUGAGGAGGUCACAGUCUAGCCAGGGAGAAAAAUACAUAAAAUGCCUUGAGAAGAUUACAAGCAAAAUUUCGACGAGUGCGAAGUGAUUGAGUGUGAGAAACAGAAGACCUAAUGCUUCAGGGUACAGAUAACAGGGGUGAGACUUUAUCUGGCUUAACUGUAGAUCAGAAAGUAGAGGCCCAUAAACCAGAUCCUGCCCCCAGAUUAAUUGAGUUUGGCACACUGGCAGUUAUUUUUUUAUAAAACUAAUUUGUAUGCUCGUUGGGAGGAAAACACAGCUAAUAAAUAUAGAAAGAAUGAUAGAAUUUGAAAAACAGCAUUUUGUGAACUUAAUAAAAGUAUUGAUUUGGCGAAGAUUAUUAAUGAUGUUAAAAUCAUAGGUAAAAUGGUUGGGGACAACUGGACAUACAUAUGGUGCCAAGUAACACUAUCAGUUUACAGUCUUGAGGCCAAAAAUGUAUGUUGGAGGGCUCAGACUGUCAUCACUUGUGCUCUGGAAUGGGACUUAGUAACAUUCGCCAGCAGACCAACACUGGUGUGAGGCAAUGCAUAACCCAACCUAGUACACAUUCUAGCCAUCCCCAUCCCCAAAGAGAAUUCAUUAUUAGAUGUAACUUGCAGCUCACAGGAAGUACUGGGGAUAGAGAAACAAGCUAAAGGACACUAGGAGGGACCAACUGGGCAAAUCUAAAAGGUGAAGCGUUCUGCAGGGCACCGGGCCGGCUCUCUUCAGCAAGUCGGUACGACCUUUUAAAAAUAUGUUUUUACUGAUUUCAGAGAGAGGAAGGGAGAGGGAGAGAGAGAUAGAAACAUCCGUGAUGAGAGAAUCAUUGAUUGGUUGCCUCCUACAUGCCCCACAACGGGGAACGAGCCCACAGCCCAGGCAUGUGCCCUGACUGGGAAAUCAACUGCGACCUCCUGGUUCAUGGGUCAACACUCAACCCAGAGCCACACUGGCCGGGCUGUAUGAAAGUCAAAACUACUAGAUAAGAAUAUCAGAUGGCAUCUGGGGAUUUCUGUUCAUCUGGAGAAGGAAUGGAAAUACUCCAACAAGUGUGCAGCAGACAGCUUCCUCCUUGUAACCUGAGUGAAGAGGAGCUGUUACAGAAUCCACACUUCAGCAAAUUGCUGCUGAGUCUCUCACAACACAUGGAUGAGAGUGGCUUAAGCCUCUCCCUGGCCAAGGAGCAGGCUCAGGCAUGGAAGGAAGUUCGACUGCAUAAGACAACAUGGCUGAGGUCUGAGAUUUUACAAAGAGUCAUCCAAGAGCUGCUUGUGGACUACUAUGUGAAGAUACAAGACACAAAUUUAACUUCUGAGGACAAAAAGUUUCAUGAGACCCUUGAACAGCAGCUACUUGUGACUCAACUAACACAGCUCUUAGGUCCCAGCCAGGAGAGGGUGAUGCCUCCACUGCUCGGACUGGAGAAGGCGGACCUUCUGGAGCUCAUGCCGCCCUCAGAGGAUUUUGUAUGGAUGAGAGCUCGGCUUCCACUGGAAGUGGAGGAGCAACUCAAGAAGAAGUGUUUUACUCUCCUUUGCUACCAUGAUCCUAAUUCUGAUUCAGAUCCUGAAACCCUGAAGGCAGCAAAGGUAUGGAAACUGGCAGAGAUGCUGGUGAGUGAGAAGCAGCAGUGCCAGGAGGCCCGGAGCCAGCAGAAGGAGCAGGGAGUGCUGCUGGAGAAGAAGAGAGCCACCUACUCCCAGGUGCUUCUCCGCUGCCUGGCCUUACUGCACAGAUUGCUUCAGGAGCACCGGCUGAAGACUCAGUCUGAGCUAGACCGCAUCAACGCCCAGUACCUGGAGAUCAAGUGUAGUGCCAUGAUCCUUAAGCUGAGGAUGGAAGAGCUAAAGAUUUUGUCUGACACUUACACUGCUGAGAAAGUAGAAGUUCAUCGUCUCAUUAGGGACCGUUUGGAGGGGGCCAUUCGGCUACAAAAACAGGACAUGGAGAAGUCCCGACAGGUCCUAAACACCUAUGAGGUGCUUGGGGAGGAGUUUGACAAGCUGGUAAAAGAGUACACCCAACUCAAGCAGACCACCGAGAACAGGCGUUGGGCACUCCAGGAGUUCAACAAAGCCUGCCGCUGAAUGUUGGCCGGCCAGAGGCACGGCUUCCUCUUCCUGCUAAAGGACCACCUUCACCUGGAGCCAUCUUCACUCAAGGGAGUGGGGGACACUUGCUCGAAACCCUGCAGUCAUUUAGGCACCCUCCUUGUUUAUAAUGAUUGAAUCUUUUCUGGACAAUGUAGCCGAUUUAUACAAAUUUAUGUUCAGCUAUUAUUCAGUGUUGACCCUGUAUUAUAUUUGAUUAUCUCCUGAAUAAAGUGAUAAUAU